CAAUGGAUCCUGUUCGACCACCCUCCAGGGUCCUGUCUCCUGUGCACCCAUCUCGCUCUGUGCGGAUGCCAGGCUCUCGGCCACAAGCUCCAAAACCUUUGGACUCAGCUCUGGGUAGGGCAGGACCUUCAGGCAGAGGCCGUGUAUUUGGAAUGGGAGAAGAGCCAAGCCCACCGAGUGGGCCAACACAAAGGGAAUCUGUGGGUUUGGUCCCCAUGUUCCAAGGACUGGGCCUUGAAACAGCAUCCCAGACCUCUCUGAAACAGGAAAUGCCUCCUUUAGGUAGAGGCAUUUUAGGUCGAGGCUUGUCUACCAGGGUGGCACGCAAGGACAAAGAAGAACCCCAUCCCACUCUUCUGGAUCCUUCAAUGUUGGCAGCUGGGGAUAGCAAGAUGGCAGAGGCCUCUUUUGGUUGGAAUAGAAUGCUUGGAAGAGGGAAUUUGGAUGCAUCUUUAUUACCUGUGGGAAGAGCAGGUCGUGGUAUUGGCAGAGGAGUAUACAAGCCUCUGAGUGCUCCCAGCCUGACUGGUGGUAUUGGUAGAGGAGUGUACAAGGCUCCAGGCCUGACUUCUCCGGAUCCCGCCCAGCUGUCAUCUCCGUCACCCCUGCCUCCAGCACCACUGCACUCUCUGGAUCACCCUCCACUUGGGACUGCAGAACACAAGGAAAAAGAGAUUCUUGUGAAGCAAGGAUCAAAAGGAACACCUCAAUAUUUGGGAUUAAACCUUAUCAAAAUACAGUGUCAAAAUGAAGCAGUUUAUCAAUAUCAUGUGACUUUCAGCCCCAAUGUGGAGUGCAAAAGAAUGAGGUUUGGCAUGUUGAGGGACCAUCAAGCUGUCACCGGAAACACCACUGCUUUUGAUGGAUCCAUUCUUUAUCUGCCUGUUAAGCUUCAACAAGUUCUUGAGUUAAAAAGUCAAAGGAAAACUGACAGUGCCGAGAUCACCAUUAAGAUUCAGUUGACAAAGAUCCUGGAGCCCUGUUCUGACUUGUGCAUUCCCUUCUACAAUGUUGUUUUCCGUCGGGUAAUGAAACUUCUAGAUAUGACACUUGUGGGGAGAAACUUCUAUGACCCUAUACGUGUUAUGGUACUACAGCAACACAGAUUGCAGAUCUGGCCAGGCUAUGCGGCCAGCAUCCGAAGGACAGAUGGAGGCCUUUUCCUGCUAGCCGAUGUCUCCCACAAGGUCAUUCGGAAUGAUUCUGUGCUGGACAUCAUGCAUGCCAUGUACCAACAGAACAAAGAAAACUUCAAGGAUGAGUGCACUAAGCUUCUGGUUGGCAGUAUUGUUAUAACCCGAUAUAAUAAUCGUACCUAUCGUAUUGAUGAUGUGGAUUGGAACAAGACUCCAAAAGACAGCUUCUCCAUGUCUGAUGGGAAGGAGAUUACCUUUUUGGAAUACUACAGCAAAAACUAUGGGAUCACAGUAAGGGAAGAGGACCAGCCACUGCUCAUCCACAGGCCCAGUGAGCGACAGAAUAACCAGGGGAUGCUGCUAAAAGGUGAAAUCCUGCUGCUGCCUGAGCUUUCCUUCAUGACUGGAAUCCCUGAGAAGAUGAAGAAGGACUUUAGAGCCAUGAAGGAUUUGACCCAGCAGAUCAACCUGAGCCCCAAGCAGCACCAUGAUGCUCUGGAAUGCUUGCUACAGAGAAUUUCAAAAAAUGAGAUAGCCAACAAUGAACUGACACGUUGGGGACUCUGCCUGCAGAAGGAUGUACAUAAGGUUGAAGGACGUGUUCUGCCAAUGGAAAGAAUUAACCUAAGAAAUACAUCAUUUAUCCCAUCUCAGGAGCUAAACUGGAUGAAGGAAAUAACCAGAGAUCUUUCCAUCUUGACUGUCCCCAUGCAUUUCUGGGCGCUCUUUUACCCAAAGAGAGCAGUGGAUCAGGCCCGAGAACUGGUGAACAUGUUAGAGAAGGUAGCUGGUCCCAUGGGCAUGCGCAUGAGCCCGCCGGCCUGUGUGGAGCUGAAGGAUGAUCGCAUAGAGACCUACGUCAGAACCGUUCAGUCCAUCCUGGGAGUUGAGGGGAAGAUACAGAUGGUUGUUUGCAUAAUCAUGGGCACACGUGAUGAUCUCUAUGGGGCCAUUAAAAAGCUGUGCUGUGUGCAGACUCCUGUGCCCUCGCAGGUCAUCAAUGUCCGAACCAUUAGUCAGCCCACCAAGCUUCGGAGUGUGGCGCAGAAAAUUUUACUUCAGAUUAACUGUAAAUUGGGUGGUGAACUCUGGGGAGUGGAUAUCCCUCUGAAACAAUUAAUGGUGAUUGGGAUAGAUGUUUACCAUGACCCCAGCAGAGGCAUGCGCUCAGUGGUUGGCUUUGUUGCAAGCAUCAAUCUCACUCUCACAAAGUGGCAUUCACAAGUGGUAUUCCAGAUGCCUCAUCAGGAGAUUGUGGAUAGCCUGAAGUUGUGCCUGGUGGGCUCCUUAAAAAAGUUUUAUCAGGUGAACCACUGUCUCCCAGAGAAGAUUGUGGUGUACCGUGACGGAGUGUCUGAUGGCCAAUUAAAGACAGUAGCCGGCUUUGAGAUUCCUCAGCUCCAGCAGUGUUUUGAAGCUUUUCAGAAUUAUCAGCCCAAGAUGGUGGUAUUUGUAGUUCAGAAGAAGAUCAGCACCAAUCUGUACCUGGCUGCUGCCCAGCACUUUGUGACUCCCUCCCCUGGGACUGUGGUAGAUCAUACAAUAACAAGCUGUGAGUGGGUGGACUUCUACCUUCUUGCCCAUCAUGUACGGCAGGGGUGUGGCAUUCCUACCCAUUAUGUUUGCGUUCUCAACACUGCAAACCUGAGCCCUGAUCAUAUGCAGAGGUUGACUUUCAAACUGUGCCACAUGUACUGGAAUUGGCCUGGUACCAUCAGAGUUCCAGCUCCUUGCAAGUACGCCCACAAACUGGCCUUCCUGUCAGGACAAAUCUUGCAUCGUGAACCAGCCAUCCAGCUGUGUGAGAACCUGUUCUUUCUGUGACUGGACAGUCAGUACAUGGGCUGGUCAGAGCAGUCAGACUUCUGAACUCAGCUGUGUAGGAUCAACAGCGACCGAAAGGCGUUUUGUAUUGGUGAUUUCCCUUUUACCAACACAGUAGAAUAAGAUACCUUUUUCUUUUUCUUUCUCUUUUAAACCUGAUAUCACCAAGAAGCAGGUUCCAUUCUAAGUAUCAGCUAGAAAUCUUCCUGUUACCUUUGUAGAGCAAAUGGGGAUAGUGCUCCAACUGCAUAGGUGGGGCGGGUGAAGAUGGGACCAUUUAAGAGCCUCCAAAGCCAACAUGAGCUAUAGAAACCUGCAGAAGCAGCAAUUACACCUAUUAAACUCUGCUUACUAAGCAGUUCCCAUUUCUGGUGCCAAAGGUGGUGAUGAAUGAAGUCACUGCAAGUAUCUUAAAGUACAGAGCUACUUUAUUUAGGCAACUGAGAAAGGUAAUAAAAAGGCAGAGUUUAAGAUACAGCUCUCGCUGGCAAGUGUGGUAAGGUAUGUCGUAAAACCACCUGGUGGGGAGUCAGUGCCUCACUGACCUCAUCUUCUCUAGGGAUAGAACUAAUGAUACCUAUGACUUGAGCUAGCUUUGAAAGAGGAUGUUUAGCUAUUCCCUGGCCUCUUGAGAGAGGCCAGAUGCAGUUUUUUCUGCAUAUUUCAGUUGCUUUAUUGUAUGUCUUGUUUUGUUUUGUUUUGGCUAUGCCCAUGGUAUGUGCAAGU